AUGGUGAGAAACAAAGUUGCGCCGGUAGAAGAUGGAGCCAAAGUUCAACAAUUCACUGAAGUUCAACCACCUCCACCGUAUUCUAUGGACUCUCCCGAGAAUCGAACUCCCUCAAAUUCUCAGUCAACAACUGGAUCGACAUCUGAAUUCCAAGGAUGUUGGACAAUUGUUGUAGUCUCCAUCCUAUUUAUCAUCAAUCUACUCAAUUAUAUGGAUCGUUAUACGAUUGCAGGAGUCCUCGAUGAUGUACAGAAAUACUACGAUAUCAGUGAUGCCUGGGCUGGACUCAUUCAGACGACGUUCAUGGUUUUCUUCAUUAUUUUCUCUCCUAUUUGUGGUUUCCUUGGAGAUCGAUACAACAGGAAAUGGAUUUUCGUUGUUGGAAUCGCCAUCUGGAAAUUUUGGUUAUUCCUUUUGUUCCGUGGAAUCGUAGGAAUCGGAGAAGCGUCUUAUGCUAUUAUUUCUCCAACUGUAAUCGCUGACAUGUUCACCGGAGUCCUCCGUUCCAGAAUGCUUAUGGUCUUCUACUUCGCAAUUCCAUUCGGUUGUGGUCUUGGAUUUGUAGUUGGAUCUGCAGUUGACAGUUGGACAGGACAAUGGCAAUGGGGUGUUCGUGUUACUGGAGUUCUUGGACUCGUUUGUCUUGGACUUAUCAUCUUCUUUGUUAGAGAACCAGAACGUGGAAAAGCUGAACGUGAGAAGGGAGAAAUUGCAGCGUCGACGGAAGCAACUAGCUACUUGGAUGAUAUGAAGGACUUGCUAUCAAAUGCAACCUACGUAACAAGUAGUCUCGGAUAUACUGCAACUGUCUUCAUGGUUGGAACGCUUGCCUGGUGGGCACCAAUCACAAUUCAAUAUGCUGAAGCUGCUCGUCAAAACGUCACCGAUAUCUCUAAGGGAGAAAAGGCCCAAAUCAAUUUGGUUUUUGGAGCAAUCACUUGUGUUGGUGGUGUUCUUGGAGUAGCAGUCGGAACUGUCAUCUCUAAUAUGUGGUCCCGUGGAGUUGGUCCAUUCAAAUGUAUUCAAACAAUCCGAGCUGAUGCUCUCAUUUGUGCAAUUGGAGCUGCAAUUUGUAUUCCAACAUUGGUUCUUGCCAUUCAAAAUAUUGAAGAUAACAUGGGCUUUGCCUGGGUUAUGCUCUUCAUUUGUAUCGUGGCGAGCAGUUUCAAUUGGGCUACAAACGUGGAUCUUCUUUUGAGUGUCGUGGUUCCUCAACGAAGAAGUUCAGCUUCUUCGUGGCAAAUUCUGAUAUCUCACAUGUUUGGAGAUGCAUCGGGUCCUUAUAUUCUCGGAUUGAUCUCUGAUGCAAUUCGAGGAAACGAUAAUUCGGCACAAGGACAUUAUAAAUCAUUGGUUACAUCUUUCUGGCUUUGUGUGGGAACACUCGUCCUUUCUGUGAUUCUAUUUGGAAUCUCCGCAAUUACAAUCACAAAAGAUAGGGCGAGAUUCAAUGAGAUCAUGUUGGCUCAAAAAGGAAGUGACGAUUCAUCAGCUGUCUCUCUUCCAACUAUAACAGAAGCCACAAAGACAGAAGAUGAAGACAAUUCACAUGUACAACAUAUGUAG